CUUUUUCAGUUCCCUUUCUCUUCGUAACUUUUGCUUUUGCACCCUAUAAUACCAUAAAUUAGCCCCUCUCCCAUUCAUACAAUGAGCGACGACAGCGAAUCCUAUCUGUACCAAUUGGAGCAAGUUGAACUUGCAUUAUCCAAAGAUCCAGAAAACGAAGAAUUUAAAAAAUUGCAACAAGAUCUGAAAGAGCUGAUUGCAUUGACGCAACAACUUGAGCAGCAACAAAAGAAAUCGACAACACAGAGUCCAAAAACACCGAUUUCUCCACAGUCGUCAUCUCAACAAGGACUUGAGAAAAAACAAGGAGGGAAGAGCACAGUUACAGUGUCACCGACACCCGUGUUAAAGACCCAUCAAUUCUCAGUAGGUCAAGAUGUCAUGGCACGAUGGUCGGGCGAUGGACAGUUUUAUCGAGCGACGAUUACAGCGAUCGGUGGAGCGGAUCAAGUAUUUUCAGUGUCCUUUCGAGGAUAUGCAGAGACCGAAAUGGUAAAGGCAGAGGACGUGAAGGCACUGGACAGCAAGAAGCGACAAGGUAUUUUUGAAGGCGUUGGGUCAUCUAGUACUGCUGCAGCAGCAGCAGCAGCAGCAGCAGAGGAGGAAUUACAAGAGCAGCAACAGCAAGAGCAGCAAGAACAACCACCGGCGAAAAGGGGCAGAAAGGACAAGUCGCAGCAGAAGAAAAAGGUGUCAGAGGUGGAGGUCAAGAAGAACGCGUGGCUUAAUUUUGCGUCAGGAGCCGAUGGCAAAAAGAAGAAAAAGAGAAUGGCAGCAACGCCAAUCAACAAGAAGAGCAUCUUCAAGACGCCAGAUAAUCCCGAAGGCAAAGUGGGCGUCGUUGGCAGUGGUCGCGGCAUGACGUCGUUCCAACAAAGAGGCAAGCAUUUGUAUAGUGAAAAUAAGCAUGAUGAAGAGGACUGAUCGAUCUGCCUUACCCAGCAGCAGCAGCAGCAGCAGCAGCACGUUACUCUAAGAAAAGAUAUGCCACUACUACUACUACUACCACUACUACCAUGGUCCGUGAUGAUUGCGUCGUAACACAAACAUUCUGUCCUGCACCCCCUCCCAC